UUAACUGAGUGGGAUGAAACGGUUCAGCGAGGGAUCAGAGCUACCUCUGUCCUUAACUGUGGUUGUUCGGCGACGGUGCUCAGGACUGUUUCAUUCUCAUUAUUAGACAAUACCCAGAUAUUGACAGUCGUUCAUAUGUAAGAAAACUAAUAACAUUAAUGGACUCUGAAAUACUUAAUCUCAAAAUAGUUAACUAACUAGCUACAGGAUUUCUUGAGAACGGAACGUUGUCAACAAGACGGCAACGUGCAAAAACUCAGUCUUGCUCUUCAGAGCUCAAGGAAUGGUUGGAUUAACAGGAAAGAUCCAAAACGCCAGGACUAAGACAAACAUUCCGUGGUUUAAACAUCCUCAUGAUUUCGCCAGAGAAGGGUAGCUAUGCUCCGAGUGUUUAUGGUGUAUGUAGUUAGCGAGGUAUUUGUCAAUGUUGGCUAAAUUCGAAAUCUCUAAGGGCAAAUAUCUAGCACGCUAGCGAGCUAGCACGCCGAUUUGAAAUUCGGUUACAUUUUUUAACUUGCCAAGUUGAUUGUUAAUGUGAUGAUAACUGAGAAAGUGGAGAAAGUUGUUUUUGCUAUCUACCUAGUUCGCUAUUUAAUGCUCCUGAAAUAGCAUUAUUUUUUUGUAACUAAUCAUUGGGAAAUUAACAUCAUGUUGCGGAUGGAAAGGGAAGACUGAUUUAAAGCUUUUUAACCCCUUCGAUUCUAGAUAACUGUCUGUUAGCUAUCCAAGCUUUGCUGGAUACACAGAUACUAGCUAAAGUAAAGAGAAAGCCAUUCUAUUGGUGAUGAUCGAGGAAAGGAAAACCAGAGACGGUAGAAAGAUCUCGUUAUAUUCGUGUUGUCACGGUUGCUAUCUAGAAGUGUUAUUUUCGGCUCGCAUCUUGAACGAAUAACUUGAACCGGCAACGUUAACAAACAUUACAAUCCAUUAUCAAUGUGUUGCUGUUCUACCGUUACUGCUAAGCCAGGUCUUGCGACUAGCCAGUAACGUUUACUUGCUGCACUGAAAUGGAGAAACUGGAAACAUUUUUGUAGACUGUGACUCAUCAGACCUAUCAUUGAUUUAUCAGAACAAAUUACAGAAGAGAUUCCAAGAUUCGAUGCCACACAAGAUUUUUGCGAGCUCAGUUGCAAGUGUGACCAAUCAACCUGAUACAAGAGAAGCAUUUGGACUUCGCGCAUCCUACAGCCAUUACCGAAGUUCAGUGUAAUUUUAUUUACGAGAUUUGGAAAAUCAUACGACCACAAGAUAACUAUGGCAGCGGUGGUAAAUUACUCGCCUCCUUGGUGGGUGAACCUACUGCACCGACUACCCCACUUCAAUUUACAGUUCGAACAAAUAAGCAGUGAUUUUCACCCCGAAAACUCGGAAUACCAAAAGUCCAUCCUGCUGCUGGGGGGCGUGGCCCUGGCCUGCCUGGCCCUGGACCUCCUCUUCCUGCUCUUCUACUCCUUCUGGCUGUGCUGCCGCCGCAGGAAGAACGACGACCAGCCCAACGCCGACUGCUGCUGCACGGCCUGGUGCGUCAUCGUGGCCACGCUGGUCUGCAGUGCUGGCAUUGCUGUGGGUUUCUAUGGGAACGGCGAGACGUGUGAUGGGGUCAACCGGCUCACAUACUCUCUCAGGCACGCCAACCGCACGGUGGCAGGGGUGCAGAAACUGGUGUCAGACAGCACGUCCUCUCUGAACCAGACUGUUGAGGAUGGCCUGCAGCAGCUGGAGAGCCAGUACACCGAGCACGCAGAUUACCUGUCCAUUGUACAGAAGCUGCAGGGGCAGCUGGAUGAGCUGGUUCGCCAGAUGACAGAAAUCCCCUUCUGGAGUAACAGUGACAUGUCCAUGGAAGAUCUGGCUGUGAAGGCUGAGCUCUUUGACUGGUACAGGUGGCUGGCAUAUUUGGGCCUCCUGCUGUUCGACGUCCUCAUCUGCCUGCUGGUGCUUUUUGGCCUCAUUCGCAACUCCAAGGGAACCCUCAUUGGCGUCUGUUUACUGGGCGUCUUCACGCUCAUCAUCAGCUGGGGGUCCCUGGGCCUGGAGCUGGCUGUUGCCGCGACCUCCAGUGACUUCUGCAUCACCCCUGAAGUGUACAUCGCCAAAGUGACGGAGGAGAACGGCGUGAUCGAUAAAGCUAUCCUGCAGUACUAUCUGAAGUGCGGCGUGACACAGACUAACCCAUUUCAGCAGAAGCUGUCAGGGAGUCACAAAGCGCUGGUGGAGAUGCAGGACGACGUGGCGGAGCUGCUGCGCUCUGCGAUUCGGGAGUAUCCUGAGACCAAGGGGAAUCUGGAGCAGAUGCAGGGGGUGCUGAACACCACAGAGAUCGGCCUGCACCAGCUCACCGCCCUGGUGGACUGCCGCAGCCUGCACAUGGACUAUGUGCAGGCCGUGACGGGCCUGUGCUACGACGGGGUGGAAGGCCUCAUCUACCUGGUGCUCUUCUCCUUCGUCACGGCGCUCAUGUUCAGCUCCAUCGUCUGCAGCGUGCCGCACACCUGGCAGAGCAAGAGGAAUGAGGAGGAUGGAGAGGAGGAGUCCGUGGCUCACGGCAACCGGCAGACUCACGAUAACCUGUACCGCGUUCACAUGCCUAGUCUGUACAGCUGUGGAAGCAGCUAUGGUAGUGAGGCCAGCAUCCCCGCGGCUGCGCACACUGUCAGCAAUGCCCCCGUCACAGAGUACAUGAGCCAGAAUGCAAACUUUCAGAACCCCCGGUGUGAGAACACCCCUCUGAUUGGCAGGGAGUCCCCUCCGCCCUCUUUGUAUUUGACUGCCAUGGACGGUAACAGCCACCACAGCUGGCAGUCAAAGCCCUCGGCUAGUCCAAGAGCGUAUUGGUAACAGCGUCUGCUAUUCUAACAGUACACCUCGAGCAUGAGGGCGAAAUACCUUGCCACCAACCGGCCUGAACCCAACAACUCAGAAGUACACUAAAGGCCGUUGACUUGUGCCCAUCCUCAAAGACCGGUUUGGACAUCUCCAGCUUCCUGGAUAUCCCCACCCCUACCCCUUCCCCAGUCCAUCAGUCGUAUUGUCGAAGCCCUCGUAAGGCUUCUGCCGUCCUCUGGACUGUUUUUAACUCAAACACCCAGUCUUUGAGCCAUUUCCAUCUUAUUGUGGAUGCACAAAUCACUUCAGAAAUGGAAGAGUGAAAAUGAACACGCUUAUGUACUGUAAAUAAUUCAGUGCCCUGUUCCUAAAUCCCCUCGUUAUGCCAGGUCUAUAUUAAAUCAGAAAGGGAAUCUUGAAGAAGAGGAUUUGCGGCAUUGGAUGGCCAGUUCUCUCCACUAGGGGGCAACCUCAUUUUACUGUACAGUUAUCCUAAAUGUUUGUGGCUUCCUGGAUGUCUUUCUUCUUGCAUUCUGGCCCUAGAGGUUUUAUGUACUAUGAAGAUGCUGGCCGAACAUGGAGAGGAACGGGCCAGUGACCUUUGAUGGAAUUAGAUUUUUGUAAGUUUCACGCACCUUCAUGUUUACUCGAGACAACCACUUCUUUAAAAGUGUGAAAUUGUGUAUAAGAGUGUGUUUAGUAUUUUAUUUUUAAAGAAACAGACCACUAUGUUUACUAAUGACAGAUUUUGCAGCGAUUUUCAGUUGGGUUUCAUCUGACCUAAUAAUGUAUGACUUCAGUGCAGACCGGAAAGAUCCUUGUAUUUAUCUUCUGUUCAGGGUGCAGACUGCAAGAUGAAGUCUCUGCUAAAAACAAUGCAUUUUCUUCUGUAAACCUUGCAUAACAAUGGUAUUAAGCCAGUUAGCAUUGAAGGUAAAAAUGACAUCUAAUUAAUUUAAUUAACUCUUCUGUGUCUAGCUUUAAAAUAAGCUGGGAUUUCAAUUUGCACUUCAUUUCCCUCCAAAACAACAGUUUACCAUGUUGUCAUUCUUGUAGGUUUUUUUUUUUUUUUUUUAAUUUGUCAUCCAUUCCUUUUACAUUUCUGCAUUUGUUUUAUUCUAAAAGCAACUAUGAGGCAGACGCUGACACAAAGUGACACUUUGGUUGCAGUGGCCUGGAACCAAGAACUGCUUUGGCUGGUAAUGACAGUGCCGUUAAUACCCACUGUUGUUUUCAGAUAUGAAGUGUUCUUGUAGUUCUCUUAAAUUAUGUCCUAAUAUUCUGACACGAUGAAGGAAACCACGCCAAUUUUGAAUGAUUUUUCUUGACUGAACUCACUGGUAGAGAAUAAAUAUAUCGCACAGUUCUUUUCUGGAAGACGUCAGCGUAGAGUGCAGCAUGGAUUAACGGGUUCUGUUUAUGAUGUAGAGUAACAGACGUAAGGAAACUGGCCAGAUUGCCACUCAGGCAACAACCGAUGAACUUUUUUUUUGUGUGUGUGUGUGUGAGACAUCAUGUUUUUUUGUUUGAAUUUCUGUUCAUCUUGGUCAUAUGUGUAAUAUUACACUGAUGUGAUGAUGUUCUAAUUACCAUAAUUCAAAUUUGCUACAGCAGGGUAACUCUUUAACGCCUGGGACCAGUGGUGUAUUGUGUUGGUCUUAUGCGUCUGGCUGUGUCUCUCCGUAGGGUUUUGCCAUCUGAGUGUACUGCCACUGUGCCAGAGAUAAUUUUGUGGUAAUGUGCUAUCGACUUCACUGCUAUUGAAUUGUGAGCACUUGUGUGUACGUUAAAUGUGAACUGGACACAGAAUGCUGUGAAGCCUACACCUCGGGCCAGGAUUUCGGUCACCUCAUAAUGGCGGUCCAGGACGGCACAGAUACUGGUGCCAAAUACACAAAACGGGGAAGUGUCCUCCAACUUCUCCCUCGUUUUUCGAGAAAUGCAAAUGGCUCAAAUGGAAUUUAGACCAGGGGGAAAAGAUAUAUUUUAAAAUUCACAUGGAAUCAAAGUUUUGGUGCUGUUUAAUUGUGAUAAUGUGACUGGCAGAACUAACCACAGUAGCUGUUGGUUUUCUUUUGGGUUUUUGUCCUCAACAUUUUUUGAAAUGUCUUAUAAAGAACUAAGCAAGCCAGGAAGUAGUAAUACAUUGGCAUGCUGCUACUGUGACACACAGGAGUUGGGAAUUUUUUUCUCUACUGGAAAGCACAAGCAUUGGUGUUCUGACAGCCCUGGACUGGUUCUCGAUUUGGACCCUGGUCAUGGAGGCCCAACAGAAACAAGCACACCUGGAAGGACAGUUUUCUCAUGAGACUAAGAUCAAACUGUAAGAUAUUUUGCUGUGAAUUCCAAUCUGCCCGUUUUCUAGUGCUAGUGGUUGUCUUCCUGUGUGUGCAGUUGUCAGUGUGUUUACUUGCCAAUGGAAACGGGCUCAGUUUUCCGGGUUACUGCAGGCCCUCAGAGCCUCAUCCCAGCACAGCUUCUGCUGUACUAUGCUGUCCUUACACACACACACACACACACACACACACAC